AUGGAAAGUCGUACCCAAGAACUUAAUCCUAGUUUCAGCCGUCGAUCCAGGACGGAAUUAACGGGAAACCGAACGAGACAUUUGAUCACGUUCAAUCCGAAUUCGGCGAAACCCGGGGAAGAAAUCUAUGUGAAUAUUCCAAAACUCAAACCGGAUUCUGUUCUGGUUCCCGAUAGUAUGGCAUUAAUCUUUGACUUUAAGAAUGCCAACGAAAAAUCAUGGUUUCGAAAUAACUUGGGAAAAUUAUUACAAAAAAGAUUAGAGAUUCGUCUCGCCGGUGAAAAAGUCUACGAUAACAGCGGUGAAAGUCUACUGGAAAUUUACAAAGACUUGUGGAUGGAUGAAAAACAACGUGCGGAUAUGAUUCAAGACGGAAUUACGUCCGAAGCCGUUCGUAAGAAAAUCUCCAAAGAUGACGAGGCGAAUGCCGACGCCGAUGCCGCUGCAUUGUUUGGAAUUUUCGGAACGAAACAACGGUUAAAAAUUACGAAGAUUUUAGGUGAUCACGGAUUGUAUGCUCCGUAUCAUUCGGCCAACGAUCUUCAGUAUGUGAUCACGUUACCACAAGCUUCCGAAAUCAUGAAUGCACAAGGCGGAGAAAAUGUCGAAGGGUAUUCCCUGUAA